AUGGGUACCUCUCAGACCCUCCCACUCGCUGUCUCUUUGUGUGUUUUUCGUGCAAUGGCUGAUGGUAUCUCACGUGACUCGAUGCACAAAAGACGUGCCACUGGAGGCAAGAAGAAGGCAUGGAGGAAGAAGAGAAAGUAUGAGCUCGGUCGUCAGCCUGCAAAUACUAAGCUUUCAAGCAACAAGACUGUUAGGCGAAUCCGUGUGCGGGGAGGCAAUGUGAAGUGGAGAGCUCUCAGGUUGGAUACUGGUAACUUCUCAUGGGGUAGUGAAGCUGUUACUCGUAAAACCCGUCUCCUGGAUGUUGUAUACAAUGCCUCAAACAAUGAACUUGUUAGAACGCAAACUCUGGUGAAAAGUGCCAUUGUCCAGGUGGAUGCAGCUCCAUUUAAGCAAUGGUACCUUCAACAUUACGGAGUUGAAAUUGGCAGAAAGAAGAAGACUGCUGCUGCUAAGAAGGAUACCCCAGAGGAGGGAGAAGCAACUACAGAGGAAGCAAAGAAGAGUAACCAUGUUGCGAGAAAGCUUGAGAAGCGUCAGCAAGGUCGCACCCUGGACGCCCAUAUUGAAGAGCAGUUUGGGGGUGGGAGAUUGCUUGCUUGCAUAUCUUCCCGUCCAGGCCAAUGUGGCAGAGCUGAUGGGUACAUCUUGGAAGGUAAGGAACUGGAGUUUUACAUGAAGAAGCUCCAGAGGAAGAAGGGAAAGGGUGCCGGUGCUGCUGCAUAA